AUGGCGACAGAAGAAGAACGCGAUCUCAAUGGCCUGCCCCGCGAAAAACUGGCCCAGGUCCUAGAGUCCUUCAAGGACCCGGAAGUUUUCAACGCCGUAACCGGCCCCUGGAAGUCCCGCAUUGCGUGGCAGGGCGGGAUGCGGGCCCGGGCCUACAUGCGGAACCACCAGGUAGAUAUGGAUGAGCCAGGCGACCUGACCGCGACCGACGUGGCCGCCAGCGCCCACGAGCAGCUUUUGUCGGCCAUUGGCAGCUGCAUGACGGUGGGAUUUGUGGUCAACGCCACCAAGCAGGGUGUCCGAAUCCAUGACCUGGAAGUUGCGGUGGAAGGAUACUUUGACAACAUCCGGAAGUGGGCAGGAGUGGAAGACGAAGGCAACCCCGGCUAUGGCCGCAUUUCAGCCAAGUGUUUCGUCCGGGCCGACGCCGACGAAGACACUCUUAAGGAAAUCUGGAGGCUGGCGGUUGAAGGCUCGCCGGUGACGCAGUCGGUAAUCAACCCCACCAGCGUUGAAACCGACUUCGAGAUGGUGGGAUAG